ACACUUGUCUGUGUCUCUUUCUUUUUGAGUGUCCACGCAGACUAAUUGAUAGAGACAAGUGUGUUUAGUAUCUUUGGUGUCUUACAACCUUAUUUCCACAAAAUUAUGGAACAAACAGAGAGAGAAACAGAGCAAUGGAACUGAUUUUGUCUCUUUUAACCAUUUUCCUGCUUCUUGCAUUGUCUGGGAGAUGCAUAUGCUGUGGUAGGAGCGAUUUCCCCGAGGGUUUCGUUUUCGGAGCCGCCACUUCUGCUUAUCAGUGGGAAGGAGCUUUUGAUGAAGAUGGGAGAAAGCCUAGCGUUUGGGAUACAUUCCUUCACUCUCGUAACCUUAGUAAUGGAGACAUAGCAUGUGAUGGGUACCAUAAGUACAAGGAGGAUGUGCAGUUUAUGGUGGAAACUGGCUUAGAUGCCUUCAGAUUCUCCAUUUCUUGGUCUAGGCUUAUACCGAAUGGAAGAGGUCCUGUUAACCCAAAGGGUUUACAAUUCUAUAAGAACUUCAUUCAAGAACUUGUAAGCCAUGGAAUUGAACCACAUGUUACACUGUUCCACUACGACCAUCCUCAAGUUAUUGAGGAUGACUAUGGAGGGUGGAUCAACCGCAGAAUCAUCGAAGACUUUACUGCUUAUGCAGAUGUUUGCUUUAGAGAGUUUGGUCAUCAUGUCAAAUUCUGGACCACGAUCAACGAGGCUAAUGUAUACACAAUUGGAGGUUACAACGAUGGGAUUACACCGCCUGGUCGUUGCUCCUCACCGGGAAGAAACUGCUCAUGGGGAAACUCUUCAACCGAACCAUAUAUCGUAGGCCAUAACUUAUUGCUUGCGCACUCCUCUGUUUCAAGACUAUAUAAGCAAAAGUAUAAGGUAUAUGUGCUUAUACAUGUGUAUAUAUUUUACAAAACCAUCUCUUAUAUGUGUGAGUAUGAGCUACAAAUUGUAUAUAAUGUGCAGGAUAAGCAAGGUGGUUCUGUAGGCUUUAGCUUAUUUGCACUAGGGUUUACACCGUUUACAAGCUCCAAGGAUGAUGACACUGCUACUCAAAGAGCCAAAGAUUUCUACCUCGGUUGGAUGCUUGGGCCUCUUAUAUUCGGAGACUAUCCCGAUGAAAUGAAAAGAACUGUUGGAUCAAGGCUGCCAGUUUUCUCAAAGGAAGAAUCAGAACAAGUUAAAGGCUCAUCUGACUUCAUAGGAAUCAUUCACUACCUUGCUGCUUCGGUCACAAACAUCAAACUCAAACCUUCUAUUUCUGGAAACCCUGAUUUCUAUUCAGACAUGGGCGUAUCUAUGACAUACCUUGGGAAUUUUUCAGCUUUUGAGUAUGCUGUUGCUCCAUGGGCUAUGGAAAGUGUCCUUGAGUAUGUGAAGCAGAGCUAUGGCAAUCCACCUAUCUACAUUCUUGAAAAUGGUACACCACUGAAGCAAGAUUUGCAGCUGCAACAGAAAGACACACCAAGGAUUGAGUAUUUACAUGCUUACAUCGAUGCUGUUCUCAAAUCCAUUAGGAAUGGAUCAGACACGAGAGGUUACUUUGUAUGGUCAUUUAUGGAUUUAUACGAAUUAGUGAAGGGUUAUGAGUUUAGUUUUGGAUUGUACUCUGUCAAUUUCAGUGAUCCUCAUCGCAAAAGAUCUGCCAAACUCUCUGCUCAUUGGUACUCUGCUUUUCUCAAGGGCAACACCACCUUUCUUGGUUCUCAAGGCAUUUUGCAAUUGCAGCGCAACUUCUCUUCUUCAGCUUCUUGAUAGUAAUGUUGCGUUUAUACAUUCUGAUAAAUCUGGUUUGUUCGGUAACGUUAUAACAUCUGGCCUCUCUGUUUUUUGAACUGCUUGCCAUUUUAAUGUCCAUAACCCGAAUUUUAUUUUUAUCAAAA